AUGGCAUAUGCUCCAAGUUUCCCUAUUUUCAGUUCUUUUAUCAGCUUUUUGCGGAAUAGUUUUCAGCAAAAUGGGCCGGUACGCUCGGGAACCUGAUAACGCAGGCAAAUCGUGCAAGGCACGAGGCUCCAAUUUAAGGGUGCACUUUAAGAAUACUUGUGAAACAGCUAACGCAAUUCGCAAGAUGCCUCUAAAAAGGGCUGUAGCCUAUCUGAAAAAUGUAAUUGCUAUGAAGGAGUGCAUUCCCUUCAGACGUUUUAAUGGAGGAGUUGGACGUUGUGCACAAGCAAAGCAAUUCGGGACAACUCAAGGUCGAUGGCCUAAGAAAUCGGCAGAAUUCUUAUUACAACUAUUGAGAAACGCGGAAAGCAAUGCCGAUUAUAGUGGUUUAGAUGUUGACAGGCUUGUUGUAGAUCACAUUCAAGUUAACAGAGCUGCCUGCUUAAGACGUCGUACAUACCGAGCUCAUGGUAGGAUAAACCCAUACAUGUCUUCUCCAUGUCACAUUGAACUGUGGCUCACGGAAACAGAAUCUAAUCCAGAAUCAGUGGAGAAAACAAGCAAAAAGGGUUCAGGCGAUAAGUUGAAGAGAAUAAAGUAGUCUGGUGACUCAAUAAAUGAUAAUAUUUAUGAAA